CAGCUGCUGAAGUUAACUUCGAUAAGCAAGGCGACCACAACUUCGUCGUCGGUGGAUACCGUUCUCUUCUGGCUUCGGGACAAAGGACGGCGAGUUUCAGACGAUAUGCCGCCAAGCCUCUGGCUAAGUAUUAGAUGGACGCCAUCCCGCUCAGCCAUCAUAGCUUAUUUUCUCCCUCGGCUCCUCCACCUAUGCAUACGGCCAAAGCUAGAGCUGUAGCCCUUAUUACCCACCAAAAUGCGCCUUUGGAGACAUGAUUUUCGGGGCAGGGCCCUGAUCUUCGCCAUCACUGCUGCCUCGUGCCAGGCCUUUCUUCUCCUGGGCUAUGAUCAGGGCGUUAUGUCCGGAAUUGUUGGGGCCGACAACCGAUUUGCCAAGGACUUCGACAAUCCCGACGCCGCGAUGCAAGGCAAUAUCACCGGAUUGUAUGAUAUCGGGUGUGUCGUCGGGUCGAUAGUCUGCUAUUUCAUGGGAGAGAAAUAUGGACGACGUACCAUGCUACUCACCGGUGCAACAAUCAUGAUCAUUGGUUCUGCCCUGCUCGCUUCUCCUUACUCGAUUGGUCAGCUGCUUGUGGGUCGGAUUGUCACCGGCAUUGGCAAUGGCAUGAAUUCGUCCACGGCCCCCGUGUUUCAGAGUGAAUGCUCGCCUGCGGCCUACCGAGGUGCCCUCCUCACUCUUCAGGGCACUGUCACCAUUCUUGGAGUCGUGAUUGCGUACUGGCUCGAUUACGGCACCAGUUUCUGCACCUCGUCCUUUGAAUGGCGUUUUCCCCUUGCUUUUCAAGCCGUCUUCGCCGUCUGCCUCAUUCUACAGAUCAUUGGCCUGCCAGAAACCCCGCGUUGGCUGGUUCAACACGACCGACACGAAGAAGCGCGCGCCGUCAUAGCCGCCAUACAGGAUACUCAUCUGAAUGAUCCAGCCGUGACGAAAACAAUCCUCGACAUUCAAUUUGUUCUUGAUGAGGAGCAACGGGAAGGCCCAUUCCACUUCGCGGAGCUUUUCUCAUGGGGCGAAGUCCAAAACCUCCGUCGUCUCUUGAUCACCAUCUUCAUCGAACUCGGACAGCAAUUCACGGGAUCAAAUAUGAUAAAUUACUAUGGUCCUGUGCUAUUUCAAGAAACGAUGGGAAUGAGCCGUAAUCUUUCCAUGCUCCUUGGUGGCGGCAUGCAGUGCACUUACCUUGUCGGGUCGGCGAUUCCCGUUUUUCUGAUGGAUCGUUUCGGCCGUCGUACGCUGUUGAUGAUUUGUUCUGCAGGUCUGUGUUUGUGCUUCGUGAUGGUCACUAUCUUGUUAUCGCUAGACCGCGUGGACUGCGCUUACGGCGCGACUGCAUUCAUUUUCAUCUUCCAGAUAUUCUACGGGAUCGGCUGGCUUCCUGUCCCAUGGUUCUAUCCAUCCGAGAUCAACACGACGCGAGUCCGGACGCGGAUGUCGGCCAUAGCAUCUGGGUGGAACUGGAUGGCUGUAUUUGCCGUUGUUAAAAUUACCCCAAUUGCUUUUGCUAAUAUCGGCUGGAAGACAUUUAUCAUCUUCGCCGUGCUCAACGCCGUUUUCAUCCCUAUGGUCUACUUCUUCUACCCAGAGACUAAAGGCCUGGAGCUUGAGGAUAUCCCCUUGCUGUUUGCCAAGGGAGGCAUCACAGGGGGGGUGUUCAGUUCCAAAGGCGGCCGGACCGUCAUGCCGGGACAGCACGCACAGGAAACCCACGUGGAUGAGAAACUCGAGACCGACGUGCAGCAAGUCGAGAAUGUUGAUCAGAUCCCGAUAGAGGCAUGAGUCGAACAAUGUAGAUUUAUUAAAAGGCCAGGCUUAGAGCUAGAGCAUACAUUGACAAUUUCCGUUGAGUCAACCACGGGUUCAUGUUAAACAAUCUGAUCUGCAUCGCAAAUAUGUCAAGUCGCGAAAUGAAAUCACAGAUCCCACCCCUAGAGCUACAGCUAAGAAUCACAUUUCGUCAAUUCUUGGCUCUUCCCUCUCGGCAAAAGCCCCGUCUGUCUUCACCGCGGGU